AGUGCCAGGCGGGGCUACGUUGGGUGGAGUUACGGCUUCCGCGCGUCAACAGUGUGCCUCUCGCGUCCCUGACGUUCGCACGCCUCUCUGCCCAGUCCCGACGCCACGCCGCUGCCUUUCCGCCGUGCUCACUCGCUCGCGCGCGCCCGUUUGUGUGUGUGUAUGUGUGGACGCGUGCUGCCUGGAGGAGGAGGAACAUUUCGUGCCUCAGCGUCUGCCCGGUUGAUGCUUCGGGCCAUGAAGCCUCUGGUGCGGCCGCUGACACGUGGACGAGGCGCCUCGACCUUCAAGCACUUCUGAUGCACUUCGGUGCGGCUUCAAGGGAGUCUGCAGGCGCGGCGGGCUGGUGCGGGAUUCUCGAUCGUAUGACUGAGGAUAUCUUGAUGCAAGAAAGAUACUCGUAACCUCGCGUCGACAACAUAUAGAGAAGAGAGUUCACAGACAGACAGAAACGUCGGGCGGAGAUACAUAGAUAAAUAGAGAAAGAUAGAGCGAGCGAGCGAGCGAGAGAGAGAAAGAGAGAGAGAGAGAGAGAGAGAGAGAGAGAGAGAGAGAGAGAGAGAGAGAGAGAGAGAGAGAGAGAGAGAGAGAGAGAGAGAGAGAGAGAGAGAGAGAGAGAGAGAGAGAGAGAGAGAGAGAGAGAGAGAGAGAGAGAUACGUGAAGAGAGAGAGAGGCUCAGAGAUGCGGACUUAGAAAUAAACGGCAUCUGCAUCCUUCUUGGAAGACUGUUGAAAACACAAUCGGUAAUUAUGGUACUGAGUGACAACAACUUGGAGCUACAGAGGAUUCACGGGAAAGGACAUUGAAAAGGGAGAAAGAAGUAUAAAGAGAAUAGAAAAAGAAAGAGAAUCUACGAUAUAUUUUGGCGGGAGAAGAGGAGGAGAAGGGGAGGAGGGGAGAGUGAUUAAAGUUUUAGAAGAAGAUAAAAAGAAAAUAGAACAGUCGACAUAUACGGGCAAGACAAGAGGAGAGACAAUGGAGUAGCUGAUAAAUUCUGAAGAAACAAGAUACCCAUGUGUUAACAGUACAAAAGCUUUCGCACGCGGCCCAGACGAGCGAGGUCCUAGCGGAGCCCUGAGUCCAGGAAGAUGUCUGCCCACAGGAGGGUGGAGGCGACAGUUCUGGCAUGGGCUUGGAUAUCCUGGCUGGCCUCCGUCGCGCUGUUCAUGGGUCAGAUCAGGUCGGAAGUCGCGGCCACCGGGGUGCAGCUGGACGGUGACCUCAUCCUGGGAGGCCUGUUCCCCGUGCACGAGAAAGGGGACAAGACGCCAUGCUCGUCUGCCGUGUACGACCGCGGCCUGCAGCGCCUGGAGGCGAUGCUGUACGCGGUCGACCUGAUCAACAAGGACCCCGUUCUCCUGCCCAACAUCACGCUGGGCGUCCACAUCCUCGACACUUGCUCUAGGGACACCUACGCCCUGAACCAGUCGCUGGAAUUCAUCCGAGUGUCCCUGGACGCGCUGGACACUUCCGGGCUGGAGUGCUCGGACGGAAAGGAACCGCGCGUCAAGUACCGAGCCAAGCCCGUGCGCGGCGUCGUCGGGGGCUCCUAUUCGUCCGUGAGCCUCCAGGUGGCCAACCUGUUCCGACUGUUCCACAUCCCGCAGGUGAGCCCCGCCUCCACCGCCCGGGCGCUCUCCGACAAGGACCGCUACGAGUUCUUCGCGCGGACGGUCCCGCCGGACACCUUCCAGGCCAUGGCCAUGAUGGACGUGAUGCAGCUCUUCAACUGGUCCUACAUCUCCACCAUCUACUCCGAAGGAUCCUACGGCGAAUUCGGCAUCGAGGUCAUCCACAACUUGGCCGGCGCGAGGAACAUCUGUAUCGCCGUUUCGGAGAAGAUCCCGCACAACGCCGACCACCGCCUCUACGAGGACAUCGUGAUGAGCCUCCUGAAGAAGCCCACGGCGAGGGCGGUGGUCCUCUUCACGCGCGCAGAGGAUGCAAGAGGAGUCCUGGCGGCCGCCCACCGCCUGAACCUGACGUCCCACUUCCACUGGAUCGCGUCGGACGGCUGGGGCAAGCAGAGCCACCUGGUGGAGGGGCUGCAGGACGUGGCCGAGGGCGCCAUCACCGUCGAACUCACGAGCCAGCCGGUGAGAGGUUUCGAUGAGUACAUGGCGUCCCUGACCCCGACCAACAACAAACGGAAUCCCUGGUUUAAGGAAUACUGGGAGACGUUCUUCGGGUGUAAACUAGGUCCUCCUGGAAGCGACCUCAGUUGCCCUCAACAUCGAAGAAUAACCAAGGAGGCGGGAUAUCAACAAGACCCCAAGGUCCAGUUCGUGAUGGACGCCGUGUACGCGUUCGCCUACGCCCUGUCGGAGCUCCAGCGCAGCUCCUGCCCGGCGGAGAGCCACGUAUGUGACGCCAUGAACAGUUACGACGGCGGCGCCUUCUACAGGGAAUACCUCCUCAACGUUUCCUUCAAAGGUGUGGUUGGGUCGCAGGUGAAGUUCGACGAGCGCGGGGACGGUCCCGCUCGCUACACCAUCUACAACUUCCGAAAGAUACCCGGGACGACCAGUUACAACUAUAGCGUGGUCGGGACGUGGUAUAGGGAACUGAAUCUGAACCUGAGCGAGGUCUCGUGGUCUGGCAAUACUUACACCAUCCCGACUUCUGUCUGUUCGCACCCUUGCCAAGUCGGCGAGAUCAAGAUCAUGCAACAGGGCGACACGUGCUGCUGGAUCUGCACGCCCUGCAAGGACUGGGAGAUGAUGGUGGGCGAGUUCACGUGCAAGGACUGCGGCCCCGGGCGCUGGCCCUACGAGGACAAGAUGGGCUGCUACGACCUGCCGCACAAGUACAUGUCCUGGACGUCGAUCUUCGCCAUCGUGCCCGUCGCCAUCUCGUGCCUGGGCAUCAUGCUCACGCUCACCGUCAUCCUCAUCUUCUGCCGGCACGACGACACCCCCAUCGUCAAGGCGUCGGGGAGGGAGCUCUCGUACAUGCUCCUCUGCGGGAUCCUCAUCUGCUACCUCAACACCUUCCUGCUGCUCGCCAUGCCCGGGAUGGUCGUCUGCGCCCUCCAGAGGUUCGGCGUCGGGUUCGGCUUCUCGAUGAUCUACGGGGCGCUCCUCACCAAGACCAACAGGAUCUCCCGGAUAUUCGACUCUGCGUCCAGGUCAGCGCGCAGGCCCGGGUUCAUUAGCCCGAAGAGCCAGGUCAUCAUCACGUGCUCUCUUGUGUCCGUCCAGGUGGUGGCGACGGUGGUGUGGCUGAUCAUCGAGCCUCCGGGAGCCAGGUUCGACUACCCGACGCGCGACCAAGCGAUCCUCAAGUGUCGAAUCAAGGACUCCUCCUUCCUGCUGUCACUGGUCUACAACAUGUUCCUCAUCACCACCUGCACUGUCUACGCCGUCAAGACCCGCAAGAUCCCCGAGAACUUCAACGAGAGCAAGUUCAUUGGCUUCACCAUGUACACCACCUGCAUCAUCUGGCUAGCAUUUGUCCCCAUAUACUUCGGCACGGGGAACUCCUUCGAGGUCCAGAUAACGACGCUAUGCAUAGCAAUAUCCUUAUCAGCCUCGGUGGCGCUGGUAUGCCUCUACUCGCCCAAGAUCUACAUCAUAGUCUUCCACCCCGAUAAGAACGUCCGGAAGCUCACUAUGAACAGCGCCACCUACAAGAAAGCUCCCACCGCCUCGAGCGCCGUCUCAGUCAACCACGUUGCAGAAAUGACUUCAAAACGCGUCGAAGGCAGUAAGCAGGUCGGAGGGAGUGAAGCUGCACACGGUGCCGGCGACGCCCUCGCGCACGGCCACGGAGGGGGGCAGUCAGGGGGCAACGGAGAACGAGGCUCUACUCUGAAGGAGACUCCGAUCGACUAGGACUAUCCAUCCCUGAAGAACCGUCGUUACCGUAGGCUACGAGGAGAUAACUGGGCGAUAGCCGAGGCUCUCCAGCGGCAGUGCAAGAGUUACGAGGGCGUCUGAGCAUCAAGGAGCCAGGUCACGGAGGCGAGAUCAUCUCGUCGGUGCGUCGCGGUGCUCGGCGCUUCCCUUCUGAACCAGAGUGGCUUGAGCAAGAAAGAAAAACAAAAGUAAAAAAUAUAUAUAUUUAUGUAUUAUAGAAAAAAGUUCAUCGUCUUCAGGAUUUUGUGACUCAUAAUUUUCAUCCGGAAGUUUUUCGACGCAGUUGAUACAGGCUUACUAGACCAUCUGGGCUGCUGUGAUAACGGCUAAAAGCCAUAAUUUAUCGCCGACAAUAGUCGUGGACGUCAGAAACCAGGUAAAAAAGGAAAGAGGGUUACCUCAUAAAGACAAAAAAGACUAAAAGAUGUACGUUUUUUUAUCUUUCCUUCGAGGGAUUUAACGACAAACUUGAUGUCAGCACCAACCCCGCUGUGAUUUUUUAUAGAUGGAGGUACCCUCGUAAAUUGCGCAUCCACUCCCAAGUUACCUCGAAUCAUCUGAAAAUAGUGCUUUGAAGCAACGUGUGAUGAACUACAAAGCAAGUGUGGUUGUCCCACUCAGUGUGUGGAGGUGAUCCCUCAUCGCUGCCGAUGGACUCUUUCAAAGAGGUUGCUAACAAGAGCAAGACGCCUGUUCUGUCAAGGGUGACUUCACAAAGGAGAAGGAGUUGAAAUCUUAUAGUAUUCCUGUUUCUAUUUCCAAGGUGUUUUAGAGUAGUAUGCUCUUUCCCGAUGACUAUGAAACAACCAUAUCAGUAGCAUUACUUAAUUGUUAAGGUUAACAGAGCUGCCAAGCAUAUGUGUGUAUUUGUCCUGGUCAGCUCCUCGUGGAAAUGUUUUCCAAAAAAUAGUGAUUAACGCUGGUGAUUAUGUGAAUGCGUGUCUUAGGAAGAUAAUGACAUAGACGGAGAUUCGUUAAGGGUCUCUGUUGCUUGUAUUAAUUGUGUUAGGUUUGCGUCGAGGCGCUGAACUCACAGUCAGUGCCCAAGCACGACUGUGACCUCACCGAGACUGAGACUAGAUUAUUCUCGCUGGAGGAGAAGCUGGAGACGUGUUCUCGAAGUUUAAUUAGGACUGAAAUUCAUUACAUUUUACGACAAUCCAGGAGUAAUGAUGGCGAUGCCGUUGUAAAAGAAAUGAAGAUUCGUCUUGUCUAAUCGAAGUAAAGGUCCUGUAAAUAAAUAACAAAAGAAUAUCAAUAGAAAUCAUCGAACGUCCUCAACCAUUAAUAUUCCAUCAAUACACUUGAAAACAUACCGUUCUAGAAAAGAAACUAGUAAAAAAAAAAUCUAACAGCAUGUUCCAAACGCAACUCGAGCUAGAGACCUAAAUAAGCCUAGGUAGGACAAAAGACAGACAUAUCAAUAAAGAAGGUAAACUGAGGGGAACCACCUGGAAUUGGACAGGUGUGCUGGGUCGGGGCCGGAGCUCGCUGUCAGGGGUGAUUCUAUUCUUUUAUCCCACAGUUCAAAAGUUAAAGGGAUAAAAGAUUCGGCAAGUAUUUAGAAUUAUUUGUAUAUACAUAUAUACAUACAUAUAUAUACAUAUAUAUAUGUAUGUCUAUAUAUAUAUACAUAUAUAUACAUAUAUAUAUAUACAUGAUUUAUUUCCUUUGAAGUGCAUGUUCCUCUUACAUGUACUAUGGUGCUCUUUUCUAAGGUCUUCAGGCUAUAAUUUCAACAUAUUCUUGAGUAAAAAGGGAUAUGAAUUAAGUUUUACUCUUAUCUCAGUCGCCUUUUACUAUGAUGAAUUGUAUUUGGCCGAACGUCUGUUUGACCAAUUACAGACGAGAUUUGUUUAUCUUUGUGUCUCCGUCGACUGAUUUCAACCAAUCAGGAGGCGUGUCUUAAGUCGCCAAUGGUCUGUGGUUUGGACCAAUCACCGUGCGCGUCUUCUGUUACUGAGCCCGCAGGAGACGCCGCAUGGUUGUUUGGGCUUAUCUGUUAUCUCGACCUGCCUGUUCACUGUGUUUUUAUUUCGACGUUAUAGGAAUUUUGUUUUACCACGGCUGAUAAAUACUAUAUCGUUACACGAAUGGAUCUAACUGUGCGUGAUGUGUUCGAAAGCGUGCGUGAGGACGGGUUUCCCGACUUGUACUUGUCUUUGGUCUUUGUGUCGUAUAAGUGUAACAUAAUCAACUGUAAAUCUGCCAAAGAGUAUAAAGCUCAUAUCACUUAACUCUUCUACAACCUUUGCCGUGCCGUCUAACAACAGUAAAAAUACUAAAAGUUAUCAAAUAACAUGAUUAUUUCCUCGCCUUCUUACUCUCCGUUCUGACAUCAUGAAUGCAGACUUGUAUAAUACUAUCAUUAUCAUUAAGAAUUAACUGUUAACUAAUUACUUCAUUGAAAGCAACUGCCAGAACUUCUCGCACUUCUGGUAACAGCUGUUCACCAUUACAUGUUUCAGCCGAUGUCCUCGUUCUUCUCAAACAGCACUUUAAUGGUCAAGUCGUUAGCACUGAGAAUUUUCCUACUGUGUGCAUGACUGUCCGCAUGAACCGCAUGUGAAUGUGAAAAUGACAUACAAGUCUCUCUUCUCAAUGCGUGUACAUAAAGCAUCAUGUAUAUUUCAUAGGGAAUUAACUCACAAUUACUGUUAAAUGCACCUUGUACAUAUAUAUACUUAGGCAUUUGCACAAAGAUAAUACCUGACGCUUGAUUGUUGAUCGUAAUGCAUGACAAAAGGUCUAAGAAAGUAGGCGGAAAUAAAUGGAUUUACUGCGUUACGUGUUCAAUUGCUCUCUUUUCUGUCUUCUUUUCAUGCGUAGAAUAAAAGGAAAAUGUUUGCACUAUUCGUUGUCUGUGUUGCUGUGAAUAAUACAAAAUUUAUCGAUUUAUGUUUUGUAUCUUUUGUGUAUGAUUCCACAAACGUUUUCUUUCUCUCUUGGUUUCCUUUCUUCGGCACUAUUUUCGUAUCAUAAGGUCUUGAAAAAAGAUAAUGACAUGUAGAUGAUAUUAGUGUUUGUGUACUUCAGCACCUGCAAUUUCUUUCUUUCGUAAUUCGCACGACGUUUCAUCUUCUGCGCACCCGUGUUUGUUUUGAAUGUCAACACCACGGAAUACUCCAUCAGUCUUUGAUCGUAUCGCUCUGUUCCUCAUCUUCCGCAGUAAUAAUGUAGUUCUCACCUUUUACUCACCUUUUACUCAUGAUUAACGCGGCCAGAGACUGUGUACUCCUUACAUCAUUUUUAUAAUAAUCCAAAGAGAAUUUCUCGUUUUCAAUUAAUCAUCAAUAAUGUUCGGGUAGCUUUGGCCGUGGAGUAAAGGGACGGAGAGUCAUCUCUCUUUUUCGUCUUGGAACGAUUGGCGGGGAAAUCGUAAGUAGAGGCAUCGUCAGACUCAAAGUAUAAUCGAACAGAAAAAUAAAAUAUAAGAAAUCGAAUCCCGUUCGGUUCGGAGGUGGGGAUGAGAAGGGAAGGGGAGGCUGCGGGGGUGAGGUAGUGAUGGUUCCAACCGGUGAAUAAUGUCGUCAGUAAUUGUUUAUUUUACAGAUUAUGUGACAUAAUCUUCCCCUUUUCUUUUUACCGUAGAACCUAUAUUUCUCGAAAAUAUAAUAAACAUACACCUUAACGUCCUCAACAACAAAAUUUUCCAACGCCAGAUAACGAUAUACAGAAUGCCUCCGCAUUGUGAUACGCCGUUCCCGCCGUUGCCAUAAUACGACAGCGGGACCAACAGCUCCAGAUGCCACGGCAGAAGUUCGCUGGAUCCCGCUGAUUAGCAUAAUACAUGUCUGUGGAGCGGGAAAAUGCCGAGCGAGUUUUGAUCUCUCCUUCAGGAUUCGUAUAUCACUCAAACCAAUUCGAGAUAUCUGUACUUAUAAUAAAAUAUCAAUUAUUAUCGAUAUUUAUUUCAUUCGAGAAAAGAUGAAACAGUCUGAUCCUAUGCUGUUGUAGGUGACGUGCCUCUAUAUUUUUCCUUUGAAAUUUAAGACCAUGGAACAAAGUACUUAAUCCUUACAAAUGAUAGGAGAGAUACUGCGCCCCUCUUGAGAUAAUUCACACGCGUCUGAACAAACUUCUCUCUCAUGUGUGUUGUUCUUGUCAACUUACAAGUGUUGUAUGUGAUAUUUCUUUUUACAGGAAAAAAAAGAUUUUUACGUGGUACUCCGGAUGUAUUUUGUUUUCGCAUACUGAUGCAUUUGUAAUAUGUUUAAUGUUCAUGAAAUUUUGCUUAUGUUACUGUAGAUGCAUUCAUGAGAAUGUAUAAUUAAGCCUAUAGAUUGUAAUUUUAGUUUUUUACGUCUUAUUGUAAAAAAAAAAAAUGUCAGUAUAUCAGAGAAUAUGGUUUAUAAUUACAGAUUGAUUAAAUUAUUUGUGAUUUGA